GAUGGUACAGUCCCAUAGUGACGGCAUCGCCUGGGAAGCGCCGAGGCCGACUGAGACUUGUUUUGAUACAUUGUUGGCGUUCUUGCUCAACAUUUUUACAUUGUUUUGAGUUUUAGGAAUACAGCAAUAGCAAUAUUUCUUUUUUUUUUCUUGUCACUGUCUGAUUCCUCAGCAACCCUCUACGAUUUUACUGCGCAUCGAGCAAACUCUCCCGGAAUCAGCCACCAUGAAAUGGAUGUUCAAAGAGGAUCAUUCCCUGGAACAUCGGUGUAUAGAGUCGGCCAAAAUACGCAGCAAGUACCCAGAUAGGGUUCCGGUGAUCGUGGAGAAGGUGUCUGGGUCUCAGAUUGUGGACAUCGACAAGAGGAAGUAUUUGGUCCCCUCUGACAUCACGGUGGCCCAGUUCAUGUGGAUCAUCAGGAAGCGCAUCCAGCUGCCCUCGGAGAAGGCCAUCUUCCUCUUCGUCGAUAAGACCGUGCCUCAGUCCAGGUCGGGAACUCUAAGCACUCAGUGGAAUCAUCUGAAAUGGCACCUUUAGAAAAACGAUAUUUCACCAAGUUAAAUAGAUAAAAGACUGCUUUUAGCCAUUGAUGUCAGACACUGACCAGGUUAACUAGGGACAUGAGGUAUAAAUAUACUGGAGGCUAGGUUUUACCAGGUUAACUAGGGACAUGAGGUAUAGAUAUACUGGAGGCUAGGUUUUACCAGGUUAACUAGGGACAUGAGGUAUAAAUAUACUGGAGGCUAGGUUUUACCAGGUUAACUAGGGACAUGAGUUAUAAAUAUACUGGAGGCUAGGUUUUACCAG